AUGGACGAAACUCCCUUGCCUCCGCCCGACAACAAAGCCAGCACCCUUUUCUCUGAUUCUUAUCGUCAGGGUUCCGUCACCCCCGCUGCUCGUCGACUCGAUGCUAUGUCGCCUCCUGCUGCGAGGGCUACCGCGUUUGUUCCUGCCGAGAGCUAUGAUGCUGCCGGUGCAAGCACAUGUGUUGCUGCUACAAGCAUGGGUGGUGCUGCGACAAGCAUGGGUGUUGCCGCUACAAGCACGCAUGUCGCUGCUACAAGUACGGAUGGUGCUGCUGCAUGCAUGCCUGUUGCUGCCACCAGCACAGGACUCCCAGGAGGAGACACAACCGCAGGGGGGAAUGCCGCUAGGAGGUUGCAGCGUGAGACGUCUCGAACCACGGCAUCUAAAUCAGGGAGCGACAGGAGCGACCGCGGGGCCUUGGGAAACGUGGGGCGGAGGUUGCUGCAUGAGAAGCCUCAGGCCACGGCGUCCAAGUCGGGGAGCGGUGGGGACAACCGAGGGGCCCUGGGGAAUGUGGGGCGGAGGCUGCUGCGUGAGACACCCCAAACCACAACAUCCAAGUCGGGGAGCGACGGGGGCGAUGUGGGCGCUGCGGGGAGCUCAGGCAGGAGGUCGCUGCACCCCCGCGCUGCAAGGGACAGAGAGAGGAGAAGACAAAUGGCGUAA